CAUUCCGUUGCGUGCAAGGCCAAACAUGUGAGAAAAUGUCGGUUGGAGGUUGUGCUUGCCCAGGCUGUUCAUCCAAGUCAUUCAAGCUGUACUCCCCGAAGGAGCCACCUAACGGUAGUGCCUUCCCCCCUUUUCACCCAGCCGCCAUGUUGGACAGGGAUGUGGGUCCAACGCCAAUGUAUCCACCCACGUACUUGGAACCUGGAAUAGGGCGACACACACCGUAUGGGAACCAGACAGACUACAGGAUAUUUGAGCUGAACAAACGGCUGCAGAACUGGACAGAGCAGGACUGUGACAAUCUGUGGUGGGAUGCCUUCACCACCGAGUUUUUCGAAGACGAUGCGAUGCUCACCAUCACGUUCUGUCUGGAGGACGGACCCAAACGCUACACAAUAGGCAGGACCCUGAUUCCGCGCUAUUUCCGGAGUAUCUUUGAGGGUGGGGCCACGGAGCUCUUCUACGUCCUGAAACAUCCCAAGGAAUCUUUCCACAACAACUUUGUGUCCCUGGACUGUGACCAGUGCACCAUGGUCACGCAGAAUGGCAAACCCAUGUUCACACAGGUGUGUGUGGAGGGCAGGCUGUACCUGGAGUUCAUGUUUGAUGACAUGAUGCGCAUUAAGACGUGGCACUUCAGCAUCCGGCAGCAUCGGGAGGUGGUCCCACGCAGCAUCCUGGCCAUGCACGCCCAGGAUCCUCAGAUGCUCGAUCAGCUUUCGAAAAACAUGACGAGAUGUGGUCUGUCCAACUCCACGCUAAACUACCUCCGCCUGUGUGUCAUCCUGGAGCCCAUGCAGGAACUCAUGUCCAGACAUAAAACCUACAGUCUGAGUCCGCGGGACUGUCUAAAGACCUGUCUGUUCCAGAAAUGGCAGAGGAUGGUCGCCCCCCCAGCUGAGCCUGCCAGACAAGCGCCCAACAAGCGUCGGAAACGGAAGAUUUCUGGAGGCAGCACCAUGAGUGCAGGGGGAAGCAGCAAUAACAACAGCAACAGCAAGAAGAAGAGUCCAGCUGCCGGCUUCGGCCUGUCCAGCCAGGUACCUGACGUGAUGGUGGUGGGGGAGCCCACUCUGAUGGGAGGGGAAUUCGGGGACGAGGAUGAGCGGCUGAUCACGCGGCUGGAGAACACGCAGUUUGAUGCGUCCAAUGGCAUCGACGAUGAGGACAAUUUCAACAGCUCCCCCGCCCUGGGCACCAACAGCCCCUGGAACAGCAAAGCCCCCUCCAGCCAAGAGAGCAAGAACGACAACCCCCCCUCCCAGUCCUCCCAGUAGAUUGGAGCUCUCUUUAUUCGGGAGGGGGCGGGGUGGUAUUAGUGGGAAAAGGGAGGGACACUGAUCAACUCUUAAGCCACCUGAUUGGGUAGUUUGGCACGGUACGGAGUGGCACUCCUCUGGUCAGCCUCAGAGUCAGCCCCUCCCCCUUUACUGUAUCACGCUUUUGAUUGACAAGUCCACUCUCAGACAGACCUCUUCCUCUAAGGUGUGAAAGUUGUCCCUUGCGAUACAUCGAUACAGUUUUGGAUACAUCUUUUUUCUUUCUUCUUCUUCUUCUUCUUCCUCCUCUUCUUCUUCUUCUUCCUCUUG